AUGCGGCCCCUGGACAGUACUGGGGCCGCGGAGCCGCUGGAGCCCGGGCCGUCGCAGCUGCCGCCGGACGCCGCGCCGCGGGACGCAGCGCCCCCGGACGCAGCGCCCCCGGACGCGGGCGAGAAGCCCGCGGCCGCUGAGGUAGCGGUGGCGCCCGGUCCCGGCAGGUGCUGCCUCUGCAGCUCCUCGCCGUGCGGCUGGUGCGCGGAGUCGGAAGCCAAGAAGAAAGCACCCUGCCCUGGACUUGGCUUGUUUUACACUUUACUGUCUGCCUUCCUUUUCUCAGUGGGCUCUUUAUUUGUUAAAAAAGUACAAGAUGUCCAUGCUGUAGAAAUUAGCGCAUUUCGGUGCGUGUUCCAAAUGCUGGUCGUUAUCCCUUGCUUAAUAUACAGAAAAACUGGGUUCAUAGGCCCAAAAGGUCAACGAAUUUUCCUCUUUCUCAGAGGAGUCAUUGGUUCUGUUGCCAUGAUCCUCAUAUACUAUGCUUUCCAGACGACAUCUCUUGCAGAUGCCACGGUUAUCACGUUCAGCAGCCCAGUGUUUACGUCUUUAUUUGCCUGGAUAUUUCUCAAAGAAAAAUACAGCCUUUGGGAUGCUUUCUUCACCCUGUUCACAAUCACUGGAGUGAUCCUUAUUGUGCGCCCACCAUUUUUGUUUGGUGUCAACACUGGGAGGAUGGAAGAAGGCUAUUCAGUCCACCUUAAGGGAACAUUCGCAGCAAUUGGACAUGCUGUGUUUGCUGCAUUGACUUUAGUUAUCCUAAGAAAAAUGGGAAAAUCUGUGGACUACUUUUUGAGCAUUUGGUAUUAUGUAAUACUUGGCCUCGUGGAAUGUGUCAUCGUCCUGUUUAUAUUAGGAGAAUGGAGUCUGCCUUACUGUGGAUUGGAUAGGUUAUUUCUCAUACUCAUCGGGCUGUUUGGGUUGGGGGGUCAAGUAUUUCUCACAAAAGCAGUUCAAAUUGAAAAAGCAGGGCUGGUAGCAAUAAUGAGAACUAUGGAUGUGGUUUUUGCUUUUGUCUUUCAGAUUAUUUUCUUUAAUGAUGUGCCAACUUGGUGGACAGUGGGGGGCGCACUCUGCGUAGUAGCCAGUAGUACUGGAGCAGCCAUUCGUAAAUGCCAGAGUUCAAAUGAAGCGUAAUUGCUGAAAUAUAUUUUUUUCAAGCACACCAUUACUCAAUUCAAACACACUACACACACACACCCCCUGCAAAAUCUUUUACUUCAUUGAUUAUAUUUAAUAAAUUUUAUAAUUAAAGUAU